AGAAAAAGGAGGUGAAGAAAAGUGGGUUUAACAAUUAUUUGCUGCAAAGUUAGAAGAGGCUCAGCUUUAUUAACUUCUCUUUGCUUUCAUUCUCUCUAUCUAUCAUCAUCAUCCUCGUAAUCCUCAUCUCUCCUUUCUAACACCUAGUUGCAGUAAAAAAAGGCUGCUUCUUUCUUUCUUUCUUUCAUCAAUGGUUUUAUGAGGAAACUGUGAGCUAGAGAGAGAGAGAGAGAGAGAGAGUGUAGGAUAAAAGUGUGUUGGAUUGAAAUCAAGAUUGGUGAAAUCGAGAGAUGGAGCAAGGAGGAGGAGGAGGAGGUGGUGGUGGUAAUGAAGUGGUGGAGGAAGCUUCACCGAUCAGCUCAAGACCUCCGGCGAAUUUGGAAGAGCUUAUGAGAUUCUCCGCCGCCGCUGAUGACGGUGGAGGAUUGGGAGGAGGAGGAGGAGGAAGCUCGUCUUCUUCAUCGGGAAAUAGAUGGCCUAGAGAAGAAACACUUGCUCUUCUCAGGAUCCGAUCUGAUAUGGAUUCUACUUUCCGUGACGCUACUCUUAAAGCUCCUCUGUGGGAACACGUUUCCAGGAAGCUAAUGGAGCUUGGUUACAAACGCAGUGCUAAGAAAUGCAAAGAGAAAUUCGAAAACGUUCAGAAAUACUACAAACGCACUAAAGAAACGCGCGGUGGUCGUCACGACGGUAAAGCUUACAAGUUCUUCUCUCAGCUCGAAGCUCUCAACACAACUCCUCCUCCUCCUCCUCCUCUUCUUCCUCCUCCUCCUUCUUCCCUCGACGUCACUCCUCUCUCCGUCGCCAAUCCCAUCCAACAACCUCCAUCUUCUUCUCCUCAAUUCCCAAUCUUCCCUCUACCGCAAACGCAACCGUCUCAACCGCAGAUGACACACACAGUCUCCUUUGCCACUAAUCCAGUUCCUCCUCCUCUUCUUCCAACGGGUCCCACUUUUCCCGGUGUUACCUUCUCAUCUCACAGCUCAUCAACGGCUUCGGGAAUGGGGUCAGACGAUGACGAUGACGACGAUAUGGACGUGGAUCAUGCGGGUCCCAGCAGCCGCAAACGCAAACGCGGUGGUGGAAGCGGUAAGAUGAUGGAGUUAUUCGAAGGUUUGGUUAGACAAGUGAUGCAGAAGCAAGCGGCUAUGCAACGGAGCUUUCUUGAAGCGCUUGAGAAGAGAGAACAAGAACGUCUCGAUAGAGAAGAAUCUUGGAAACGCCAAGAGAUGUCUCGUUUAGCACGAGAACACGAGAUCAUGUCUCAAGAACGUGCAGCUUCUGCGUCUCGUGACGCAGCGAUCAUCUCAUUGAUCCAGAAAAUCACUGGCCAUACAAUUCAACUACCUCCUUCUUUAUCAUCACAACCGCCUCCACCGCAUCAACCGCCACCACCAGCCGCUAAACGUCCUUCAUCACAAGCUGUAGAACAACCUCAGUUACAACCAAUAAUGGCGAUUCCACAACAACAGGUUCUUCCUCCUCCUCCUUCUCAUCCUCAUCAUCAUCCUCAUCAUCAACAACAAGAUCAGAAACAACAACAAGAGAUGGUUAUGAGCUCGGAACAAUCAUCAUUACCAUCGUCAUCGCGAUGGCCAAAGGCGGAGAUUCUUGCGCUUAUAAACCUAAGAAGCGGUAUGGAACCAAGGUACCAAGAUAAUGUACCUAAAGGACUUUUGUGGGAAGAGAUCUCAGCUUCAAUGAAGAGAAUGGGAUACAACAGAAACGCAAAAAGAUGCAAAGAGAAAUGGGAAAACAUAAACAAAUACUACAAGAAAGUUAAAGAAAGCAACAAGAAACGUCCUCAAGAUGCUAAGACAUGUCCUUACUUUCACCGUCUUGAUCUUCUUUACCGCAACAAAGUACUCGGAAGUGGUGGUGGUGGUUCUAGCACUUCUGGUCUACCUCUACCACAAGACCAAACACCAACAUUGCAAAAGCAGAGUCCGGUCUCUGCGACGAAGCCGCCGCAAGGAGUUGUUAACGUUCAACAACCUCAUGGGUCGGUUUCAAGUGAGGAAGAAGAACCUCUAGAAGAAAGUCCACAAGGAGCAGAAAAGCCAGAAGACCUUGUGAUGAGAGAGCUGAUGCAACACCAACACCAACAACAACAACAAGAGUCAAUGAUAGGUGAGUAUGAAAAGAUUGAAGAGUCUCACAAUUAUAAUAACAUGGAGGAAGAAGAAGAGGAUCUUGAUGAAGAAGAGCUAGACGAUGAUGAGAAGUCUGCGGCUUAUGAGAUUGCAUUUCAGAGCCCUGCGAACAGAGGAGGCAAUGGUCACACCGAGCCACCGUUCUUGACAAUGGUUCAGUAAAUCAGAACCGCUGUUUCAAGAACAUGUACUUAUGUGUGCAUAGUUUCUAAACAAACACCAAAAAAAAAAAAAAAAAAAAACUCAAAACACAAACACACACAUCUGACACCAAAAACUGAAAAUCAAGAUUCUCAUCAAUCUUGAUAUAAUUCAGUGAAAUACAAUUCUUUUUUUUUCACAUUCUUUCCUUUUGUUCCUUUCCUUUUCUCACUGUCUCUUGUUUGUUUCUCUCUGUUCAUUGUUUUCUUCUUCAACACCAUUGUUCAUCACACACAUUCCUACACCCUCAUGAACAAAAAACUCUAGCUAAAGGUCUUUUAGAUUAUUUGGAGUUGUAAUUCAUCAGCAAAGAGUCACACUUUGUUUCUUUUUGUUCUUAAAACAUUUGUUGAUUGGUUAAUUGGGGAAUAAAGAGUCUUUCUUUUCUGUCUUC